AGUAUCAACCUAUUCCAGAAAGUAUUAAUCCAACCAAGAGUAAAAAUGAUUGUCAGUCUCUAAUUAAAUCUGAAAAUGACGAUGAUGAAAAGAGUUCUGAUCUUGAAUAUGAUAUUGCUGAAUCUGAUGAAGAGAAUAAUCAGGAUACCGAUUGUAAGGUUAAAUCUAGAAAUCUUGACAAUAGUGAAGAUGUGAUUAGUGAUCCUAUUCAGGAGCUUUUUGCUCAUAUUUUGUGA